AUGGUCGAAGCUGCAGAGGCUGGAAAAAGCAUUCGCAAAGCUCAACGAAGGCUCGCCAAUUGCAAGACCAAAAUGAUUGCACUCCGACACCCUGAAGAAGCAGCUACAGCGUCCAGAAACGCAAUGGAGAAAAUCAUUCACGAAUACUACUCGAAUCUCUUCGAUAGCCACAUCCACCUUCCGUCAUAUGAGAUAAAGGAGAAUGGAUAUGUUGUACCACCUUCCAAAAUCCGACAUAUCGAACAGCACUAG